AUUUCGUCGUAUCAGUUCCAUUGUCGCCGUUCGGACCAGUGCGCGCCGCGAUGGGGCCACGCGCGAACAUGAAGAAGUCGGGGUACGAGGACAUCGAGGCUGGGAAGAACAAGUUCGUGCCAUUGUCGUCCCUUGCCGUGCUGCUUAUUCCAUACUUUUGGCCGCGAGGAAUCGUUCUGAAACUUCAAGUCGCCGUGUCACUGUCGCUCGUCGCGGCGUCGCGUAGUUUCCGUGUGUUGUCUCCGCUCUACUUGAAGGACGCCACAAACGAACUCGCGUCCACUGGAGCCGUGCCGUAUCGGCCGUUGGCGCUCUAUUGCGGUGCACUCUUCCUGUCGACAACGGCCAAGCAAAUCCAGACGUAUUCGUACCUCCGGGUCAAGCAGCAUGCAUACAUUGACGUGUCGGCCGCCGUCUUUGCCCACUUACACAAAAUGUCGAUGCACUUUCAUCUGACCAAGAAGACGGGCAAAGUCAUGCGUGUGCUCGAUCGCGGCCUCGACAGCACCGACAGCGUCGUAAACGUGCUCUUUUUUCGAUUUCUUCCGACGCUGUUGGAAGUGGCAGCCGUCUCGCUCGUGUUUGCAUGUGCAUUUCAAGACCACUGGCUCUCGGUCGUCGCGGUCACCAGCGUCGUGCUGUACACGGUCGUGACGUUCAUCGGCACCACGAUCCGCCUCGAGUUCAAAGCCCAAAGCAACCAGCACGACAACGACGCGAACGACAAAGCCGUCGACAGCUUCACCAACUUUGAAACAGUCAAGGCCUUUAACGCGGAAGAGUACGAGACGAACCGGUACAUGGCAUCGAUCGAGCAAUGCCAGCACACAACGUACUUGACCCGCGGGUACUUGAAUGGCCUGACUGUGGCCCAACAGUUUAUCCAGUCGACGUGCCUGUUUGUGUGCAUGGCUAUCACCGGUGUCAAAGUUACGCAAGGGCUGCUGACGGUGGGCGACUUUGUCGCGGUCGGGUCGUACAUUUUGAAUAUUUUCAAACCGCUCGAUUCCCUCGGCGCCAUUUACAACACGAUCGUGCAAGCGGUGGUCGACAUGUCGAAUCUGGUGGAAUUGGUCGAGGCCACCCCCGACAUUCUCGACAAAGACGACGCCGCGGCGCUUGUGGUCGCGUCGACGCCAAUGGCAGCCAUGUCGCCCGGGACCCGUCGUCGCCACCAACCCACCGUCCAAUUCGACCACGUCGGGUUCACGUACCCAGGGCAGCCUGCGUCGAACGGAUUGAAAAACAUUUGCUUUACGAUUCCCCCUGGCCACACGGUUGCGAUUGUUGGCACCACGGGCGCCGGGAAAAGCACGCUGAGUCGGCUCUUGUUUCGAUUUUACGACGUCACGGCCGGCCGCAUCCUGAUCAACGGCCAAGAUAUCUCGUGCGUCCAGCAAAAGUCGCUCCGACAAGUGCUCGGAAUCGUUCCCCAGGAUGCUGUCAUGUUCAACGACACGAUCUACUACAACGUACGUGAUGGCUGUAUGCACGCGGCGAGGGCAUCGGCCACGACCAUCGGCCACAUGCAAUCGAGGCGAUGGCUUGGGACUGAGCUUGUUUUGUUGUCGGAAUUUGCUCAAGUUGGUGUGUUGGUUGUGCAGAUUCAAUACGGCCGGCAAUCCGCCACGCGAGCCGACGUCGAAGCCGCCGCUGCCGCCGCGAAUUUGACCGCGUUCGUCGCGACGUUGCCGCUUGGCCUCGAUACAAAGGUGGGCGAACGGGGCUUGAAGUUAUCUGGCGGGGAAAAGCAGCGCGUUGCCAUCGCCCGCGCAAUUCUCAAGAACCCACGCAUCAUGGUCCUCGACGAAGCCACGUCGGCCCUCGACACUCGAACUGAACGCUGCAUCUACGAAGAGCUGCAGCGCAUUUGCGCCGACCGCACCACGAUGGUAAUCGCCCAUCGACUGUCGACGAUCCAACACGCCGAUGACAUCGUCGUGCUGGACCACGGGUCCAUGGUCGAGCGGGGUGCGCACGACGAGUUGCUCGCUCGUAAUGGAGGUACGGUGCUUGUUUGCUACGAGUGUCUAGGUUAUCAUUGUCGGCGAGCGGAUGCACGCCAUGCGGCUCUGACUCCCGUCUGUGUAGCUUACGCCGCGAUGUGGGCUGCCCAACUAACGACGCGUGCGGACAACGUGCCGCCCUUGACAGCUGGAUCGCCGCCCAGGAUUAGCUAAGGUGCUUGGCUAACAUACCUAGCUGCAUGAUGUCGCGCAGUCACGGGUACGGCGCCACCUUUGCUUGGUCGAGAUGAAGUGUGUCCUGCGCCACGUACCUACCUACCUGUAUGGUCGUUCCCCUGCAGUAAAAACCGUGAAACGAUGUGCACAUGGGUCGACACACGAAUCGUCCUAAUUUACCCACAGACCGCUCCAUGCGACGCUGCUGUGGCAACGCCGCGCCGCCCGAGGACGUCCCCCGCUCGACGUGGGACGUCCACCAUCUCGGACGCCUUGCGCGGCAUCGUGAC